AUGUUCAAGGUUUUGGCGCUCAUUGUUGUGGUGAUGGCCGUUGUUGUCGUGUAUGCUGAGGACGCUACCACCGGUGUCACUCGUCACCAUCACCGAGAUCAUACUCGCCCUGAGGGUGUCGGGAAUCACAAGGAUCAUUCGAAGCAUCCAAAAGAUUUUCAUGGAACUGGAAAGCCUAACUGGCACAAGGGAGAGCAAAAGGGAGAACAUGGACAUGGAGAUCACAAGCACUCCCAUAAACACCACAAUAAGAAAUUCACGAAGCAUCACGGAUCCACUGCUGCAGCCACAACUGUUCCAGCCAUUGUCGAAACUGUUGCCCCAGUGGCU